CUCCCGGCAGCGUGCGACCCCUGCAUGGCCCAACAUGCUUCAAGGUACCUCGCCUUCUUCACCAGAUCCUUCCCCGCCUUGGCGCCCUUUUCCUUCCUGAGGUUCCGCCGUAAGACCGAGCUCCUGGCCUACCUGGUCCUGUGCGUCUCCAAGAUGCCCUUCAUCCCGCCCGUGUCGCUGGCACGCUCCGUGUCGGGACUGACCGGGAAGGACAAGGACGCCGCCGACAAGACCAAGGCGUCCAAGGAAGACAAGGGCACCUCGGUGAAAGAGCGCCUGGCGUUGAACCUCAAGCAGCUGGGCAAGAAGACCCCGCCCAGGAGUCACCUGCCCACCGCCAGGGGACCCCCGGGGGCGGAGCAGCAGGCGAAGAAAAAGGGCCUCCCGUCCGAGAGCGUCCUGGCUUGCGCCCCGGGGGCGUCCAUGGCGAAGACCCACCAGCGGAAACACGGCAACUCAAUAAGAAGUGAGCCGGAUUUUAGAAGCAGAACUAAAACUCAUCCGGACGAGACUCGCUUCACGCUGACGCUCACACCCGAGGCCGUGUUGUUGCUUCAGCGGCGGGACAACGAGAGGCGCUCGGCCGCCGCCGCCAGGAGCGCCGCCGCCGCCGCCAACAACGCCGGAGUCCCCGCCAGCGCCCCGGACCCCAGACGCAGGAGGGACCCGCUCUCCUCCAAGAGGCACCCGGCCUCCGCGCCGCAGCGCCACAGCGCCCCCGCGGGCCGGAGGACUCAGUGCGACGCCAGCGCCGUGGUGAAGGUGUCGCUGCUCAACGAGCGGCACAAGUACGACGACGUGGAGUACGAGGACGAGCGGGACGGCGGCGUGGACGAGGGCGUGGUGCUCAAGUGCACCGAGUGGCUGCGGGGGCUGGAGAACACGCCGGUCUCGGUGGCGCUCAAAAAGAGCGCCAGCAGCUUGAAAAGCUUUUAGACAUUUUUAUGCUGAAUAUUAACGUACUUUUACACAAACGUUUUUCUUUGCUUUUUAAUUGGAUGUGACAACGGUGUAGUAGGCAUGCCAGGCCACUAGUUGGCAGUAUGACCUCUUAAAACUGCUGGCCCAAAUCUGUCCUUUUCACAUGUUUACCACCAAGGGCCACAAAGGGAAAAAUCAAAGUACGCUUUUUGAUAUUUUAGCUUUUCCGGUCGGUUGUUAAUAAUAAUAAUAAUAGAUUUGAUUUGUAAAAAAGCACUUUACAUUUAGAGUAAACAACCUCAAAGGGCUACAGUGUAUUAAAAAAAAUGAAAAUAAAAACAUAAUAAAAAAUAAAUAACAAUAAAAAUUAAAGCUGCAAGCAGAGAUGGACGGGACCGACUUUGAGGGCUCAUAAAAUCCAAACCGGAGCAGUAAUUAAAACUCUUUCAUUCAAUUUUAAUCAGAAGGGUUCAAUCUCUCUCCUGUGCUAGUUUGAAGACGACACGACAAACGCGCUCAGAGGAGAUAAUGUUUGAAAAAAGGUGACUGUUUUUAAACAACUUUUGUUUUGAAGGGGGAAUUGCAAACUUCCUGUAAAUUUUUGCUGGAGGUUGUCAGUGUAUGAAAUAUAGGUCUAAGUGAGACCUACAUAGAGGUUUUUGUUUCAUGUCUCUACGACACUCCUACUGGGAGUUACAGGCAGUUUUGUCUGUAUUUUCUUCCUAGGGGCGCAACAGCGCAAUUUUGAGUUUUGGGGUUUGUUUUUUUCUAUUAGAUCACAAUUUACGCCAGUCCUGAUGUGUGUGUCCAAUUUGGUGAGUUUUGAAGCAUGUUAAGGGGGUCAAAUUACAGCUCAAAGAGGCGGCGGUAUAAUAAUAAAACACAAGAAAUUCAAUAGGGUCCUCUGUCCCAAAGGGACUCGGUCCCUAACUAGAACAGCCAAAUAGCUAAAACUAGAAUGCAUAUAUCUAAAAAAAAGGCUUUUUAAAAAGAAGGGUUUUAAGCCUUUUUUAAAAGCAUCCACAGUCUGUGGUGCCCUCAGGUGGUCAGGGAGAGCGUUCCACAGACCGGGAGCGGCCAUUUUUCGUAGCUUUGUCCUUGGAGGUUGGAGGAGGUUAGCCUGUGCGGAGCGGAGGUGUCGUGUGGAGGAUUUGGGGGUGAGCAGUUCUUUGAGGUAGAGGGGGGCAUUCCCAUGGAGGCACUGGUGGGUUAGUAGGGAGACUUUGAAUUCAAUCCUGAGUGGAACAGGAAGCCAGUGAAGGGAUUUGAGAGUUGGUGUGGUAGAGCGGCCGUGCCAGCAACUUGAGGGUUCCUGGUUCGAUCCCCGCUUUCGCCAUCCUAGUCACCCCCGUCGUGUCCUUGAGCAGGACACUUUACCCACCUGCUCCCAGUGCCACCCACACUGGUUUAAAUAGAGCUUAAAGAUGUACAUAAUGGGAUUCACUAUGUAAAGCGGCUUUGAGUCUCUAGAUAAAAGCGCUAUAUAAAUAUCAUUCACACUCACUUUUAUUUUGUAAGAAAAAACAAAAACACAUUUGAAGACCACACCGAGUGUCAUCUUUGUGAGAAAGUGUACUGUCAUUAGUUAUUACAGGGGGGUCCAAAGUGCGGCCAGGGGGUCUAUUUAUUGUUUUAAUUGGUUUUACCCUUUAAAAUCGUUUUUAAUCAUAUUUAUUUUUUUUUAAUUGUUUUUAUAUUGGUUUUAUAUUUAUUUAUUUUGUUUUUAUUCAGUCAUUGCUGGAGCUAAGCAUAGUAUUUGAAUCUUUUUUUUUUAAAUUAUUUUUGUGCAGCACUCUGGAAACAUUGUUGUUGUUUAAAUGUGCUAUAUAAUUAAAGUGGAUUGGAUUGUAUUGAAAAAAAUAAAAUAACAUUAAAAAUGUAAGGAAAAAAAGGGGCAAAAAGAUGUAAUGUAAUGACAAAAAGCUGACAUUUUGAUACUAAUAACUAUUAAUAAAAUUUGUCACUUAUAACGCAAAACUGACUACGUUCAAGGUUUGGAAUUGGGGGUUAAAUCCCCAAAAAUGAUUCUCGGGCGCGGCCACCGCUGCUGCUCACUGCUCCCCUCACCUCCCAGGGGCUGAUCAAGGGUGAUGGAUCAAAUGCAGAGAAUAAUUUCGCCACACCUAGUGUGUGUGUGACAAUCAUUGGUACUUUAACUUUUACUUAACUUAAUUGGUUUUACCCUUUAAAAUAGUUUUUAAUCAUAUUUUUUAUUUUUAUUGUUUUUAUAUUGUUUUUAUAUUCAUUUAUUUUGUUUUCAUUCACUCAUUGCUGGAGCUAAGGAUAGUAUUUUAAUUUUGUUUUUAUUAUUUUUGUGCAGCACUUUGGAAACAUUGUUGUUGUUCAAAUGUGCUAUAUAAAUAAAGUGGAUUGGAUUGGAUUGAAAAAAAAAAAAUAACUUAAAAAAUGUAAGGAAAAAAAGGGGCAAAAAGACGUAAUGUAAUGACAAAAAGCUGACAUUUUGAUACUAAUAACUAUUAAUACAAUUUGUCACUUAUAACGCAAAACUGACUACGUUCAAGGGUUGGAAUUGGGGGUUAAAUCACCAAAAAUUAUUCCCGGGCGUGGCCACCGCUGCUGCUCACUGCUCCCCUCACCUCCCAGGGGGGUGAUCGAGGGUGAUGGGUCAAAUGCAAAGAAUAA